AUGAUUUUGGAGACUAACAAAUUUAAUGGAACGAACUACAAUAAUUGGAUUAGAAAUCUGAGGAUUGUCCUCAAUUUCGAGAACCAGACUUACAUUCUGGAUAAGUCUAUUCCUAAGACCUUACCGGAGGGGUCCACAUCUGAAGAACGUGUGACAUUUGAAAGGUGGCACGAGGACAAUCGGAAGGUCCGCAGCAUCGUACUGGCAUCAAUGACAAAUGAUAUCCAGAAACAGUGCGAUAGGCACGAUGAUGCUGCAUCGAUAAUGCUCCGCAUGAAAAAAGUUUAUGCGGUUCCGGAUAGGCAUAUUAGAUAUGCCGCCACAAAAGUAUUUUUCGGCACCAAGAUGACUGAGGGAUCCUCUGUCAAAGAGCUUGGGAUCAAGAUGCUUUCGCUUGUGGAAAAGCUCGAGGAUCUUCAAGCGGGGAUUCAUAAUGACACGCACAUUGACAUGAUCCUCCAGUCACUUCCUCCCUCUUACAACCCGUUUGCUGUAAACUACAACAUGAAUAGGCUUGCGAAUACCAUAAAUAAGUUGAUUAACAUGUUGGUCCAAUACGAUACAACUAUUAAAAAGUCUGCACCCUCAGUAUUAGUCGGGAAGGCUUCGAACUGUAAAGCAAAAUGCAAGGGGGCCAGACGCUAG